UAUGAUUAUAUACAAAAAUGACUAAUAUAUAUAUAUAUAUUUAUAUUUACACGCAGAGAAAUAUCUAGCUAGGGCUAAUUAAUUUUCUUCUCUUCUUUGUUGGGUCUUUGUCCUUUGGUCCCAACUGAUGAUAGAUAUGUGAGGGGAAAGGGACAGAGGGGAUAGGGCCACCCAUAUCUUCAUACUACUCCAUGUUCUCCAAAAGACCAUGUUAUUAGCUAGCUCCCCUUCAAAAUCUACAUUAAAUGCUUCCUUUCUAGGGUUUUAUAUACCACCAAGAAACCAUAGAGUUUCUGUUUGUUCCCAUCUCUUAUUAAUUCCCUUUUAGUCUUUAAGAGUCUUAGAUCGACCUUCUAGCCUAUGUCAACCAUAUCUCAUCAUCAUCUUCUUCUUCUUCUUCUGUUUCUUCUCUCUAUUUCUUCUUUCCAUGCAUGCACUGAUGCAAGGUUUCUUGGUGCAAUUGCUCAGCAGCCUGAGAAAAAAUUCAUCCCUCCAAACAAGAAUACCACCAAGAUGUCAGUUACACAAAGCAAAGUUGGAUAUGGGCACAGCCUGGUCAAGCAAACUAGGGUUAGGGAAGAUGAUCGCCGGCCGCCAGUGAGCACCUCGUCGAAGGCCAAAGAUCAGCUUGGUUUGCAAGUUUCAGGUGCCCUACGCCCCCUCUCAGUUGACUUCUCACACUGUGUGGCUCACUGCAGGAAACGCGGCGAACAGAAACUAGGGUUUAAUGCAGACUAUUCAGUGCCGAGGACACAUCCUCCUGUCCACAAUUGAGCCUUCUUUUGACAGAAAAUAGUACCACUUAUGUCUCGGUUCAUGCUUAUCUCAAAAAUUCUCAGACUCAUCGGUUUAGGAUUUAAGGUCUUAGAGAGAGAGGGAUCAUAGCAAUUAAACCAUUGCCCGAAUUACUAAGUAUACAUAACAGUGGCUAUAACUAUAUAUAUAUAUAUAUAUGUGUGUGUGUGUGUGUGUGUGAGACAAAUAUUGAUAUGUAGAGGAUAAUUAAUUCUAUAUAUCAUAGUUAAUAUUCCUCAAGAAAUUAACUAAAUGCUCAUC